AGCUGCAGUAGAAACUGCAAUCAAAGCUGAAACGCAGCAGCUAUCUCUACAAUUUAAUCCUAUCCUCUUCUUCAACAUCAACCUAUGCUUAAAAAAUCGAACCUCUACAAUUUUUUUUCCAUCAAGAAAAAAAAGCUUAAAUAAACCAAGCUUUUGAAUCCAUACAGAAGAAAAGGAAAAAAGAAAACCGAAUCAUUUUUCUUGUCGAGGCUAAAGAUGCCUCUGAAAUGUGGAGGGAAAUACGAAACAGAGAAUCGGGAAACACCCGACCUAUUUCCUUCACGAAUCGGAUUAAAUCAAACCGGAUCUCUAAUCUCCGGCUCUCUAAUUACAAAGAAAUCGUUUCUCCUCACAGAGGAUCCAUCAACUCUCUUCAGGUUGAUUUAACAGAGGGAAGAUAUUUAUUAUCCGGUGCAUCGGAUGCAUCUGCUGCAGUUUUCGAUGUUCAGCGACCUACAUAUUUUGACGACGUUAUAUCUAAGCACAAGUGCUUGUUUGUUAUCGAUAAGCAGCAUGAAACGGCACAUAAAUAUGCCGUUUCUUCUGCUACUUGGUAUCCCGUCGAUACUGGACUCUUCGUUACAGGCUCUUACGAUCAUUAUAUUAAAGUUUGGGAUACUAAUACCACUCAGGUAGUGGUGGACUUUAAGUUGCCUGGAAAGGUUUAUAGAACUGCCAUGUCAGCUUUGGCAACAACUCACAUGCUUAUAGCUGCUGCUAGCGAGGAUGUUCAAGUUAGACUUUGUGAUAUUGCUUCUGGUGCUUUUUCUCACACACUAUCCGGUCACCGUGACGGUGUUAUGGCGGCCGAAUGGUCUAAGUCGAGCGAGUGGGUUUUGGUUACUGGGGGAUGUGAUGGCGCUAUUCGAUUUUGGGAUAUCAGGCGUGCUGGAUGUUUUCGAGUUUUAGAUCAGUCUCAGUCUCAGCUUGGGAGACGCCCUCCGGUCCCCUCACAUUCUAAUACUAAUAAUAAGGGUUCAUUAAGGACCUUACCAGUAGGUCAAUGUUUAUCUUCAAAAUCAAGGGCAUCGCAGAAGAAAUCAACUAGUGGGAAUGGAAUUAAGCAAUCUCCACUUGGUCGAAGUCCAGCCAAGGGACCUGUCAAGCAGAGAUUACAUCCUGGGAUGUUGUCUAGUCAAGAUCGAGCCACUGCCCAUUAUGGUGCUGUUACUGGUCUUAAAUUAACUGAAGAUGGAAUGUAUCUUCUAAGUGCAGGAUCAGAUUCAAGAAUGAGGUUGUGGGACGUUGAAUCUGGCUGCAACACACUUGUGAACUUUGAAACCGUUCGUCUCCAAAGUAGCAAAGCGAUUCAAUUGGCCACAACCCAAGAUUCAUCCUUAGUAUUUGUCCCAUGCAUGACAGCUGUAAAAGCAUUUGAUGUUUGGUCGGGUAACACUUCCAUGACAUUCCGUGGCCAUUAUGAAUAUGUGAACUGCUGCUGGUAUAAUUCAGAAGAUCAGGAAAUGUACACGGGUGGCAAUGAUCGACAAAUUUUAGUCUGGUCUCCUCCCAAAUUGAUCGACAUGGACACAGGACCAGCUGAGGAUCAGGACAACUGGAGUGAUUGACAUCUGCUGCUAUGUCUUUUUUGCCCCAGGCAGCAAUUAACAGAGACUACAGAAAGUGAGUUCAAGAUUUAUCGACUAAUUUGCCGCGGACAGCUGGAUCAUCCAAGCUUUGAUCUUGCAGAAUGGACCUCUCUAAGAAUUUCUGGCACAAGACUGUACCUUGGAAAACCAGAACAGGAUAAUCUGAAUUUGCUUUUUUAUCACCAUCUGUCAUGACUGAGAAUCCGAAAGAUUUUGUCCAUGUCUCAAGCGUGCUAUCUGCAGCAGGUAGAACUAACUUCUCCACUCGUAAGUUCGUAAGUUGCCUCUCGAGCUCAUUCAUUAAUAUUCUGCACA